CUGUUGAGAGAUGUCAUCCAGUCAAACUUUGUCAAAAUUCAUUCAAUAAACUUCAUUUGUAUCAAAUUUAAUAACAAUGUUUACAAAUAUAUAUAUAAUUUCUAAUGAUCAUUCCAAGGGAAAACAAAUUUUGACUAGAUUUGAGAUUAAAUUUGAGUCGGCCGUGCAAACAACUAGUAAAUAUAAUAAAAAUCGCAUCAGAAUCCUAUUUUGAACAAAAGUUUACAUGCAACGUAUAUCUGCAAUUUUUUAUUAUAGAGAAUAUAUAUGUGUAAAUUUCCCAUUUGGGUCACGCACUAGACAUGGGUCCCUGGCCCAUGGGCCUUUUUCGACAUUGGCCCAUGUUAACUGGGAAUCUAGGGUUCCCACUACAUAAUGCUCCGACAACUGCGAAACCGAAUUCACAAGUUGCCAUCCCCAUCUGUUCGUUAUCCAAUUUUCAAGUAUCAUACUCGAGCCAAGAAAAUGAGACCAAUUUUCUGCGGAAAUUUCGAGUACGAAACUCGACAGUCGGACUUGGAGCGAUUGUUCUCCAAAUACGGGAGAGUUGAUCGUGUUGACAUGAAAUCGGGAUUUGCAUUUGUUUAUUUUGAGGAUGAGCGUGAUGCUGAAGAUGCCAUCCGCGGUCUUGACAAUAUACCAUUUGGGUAUGACAGGCGUAGGUUGUCGGUUGAAUGGGCCAAGGGUGAACGUGGUAGACAUCGUGAUGGGCGGGCAGCUAACCAGAGGCCAACUAAAACCCUCUUUGUGAUAAACUUUGAUCCUGUGCGUACGAGGAUCCACGACAUUGAAAGACACUUUGAACCAUAUGGGAAAGUUCUCAAUGUACGCAUUCGUAGGAACUUUGCUUUUGUGCAAUUUGAAAAUCAGGAAGAUGCUACCAAGGCUUUGGAGAGCACCAACAUGAGUAAGAUUCUGGACAGGGUUGUUUCGGUUGAGUAUGCUUUGAGGGAUGAUGAUGAGAGGGGUGGACUACGCGACAGCCCAAGAAGAGGUUAUGGAAGACGUGGGGACAGUCCUUACCGUAGGUCACCAAGCCCUGGGUACCAUAGGAGUCGGCCCAGUCCUGAUUAUGGGCGGGCCCGCAGCCCAGUUUAUGAUAGGUACAAUGGUCCUUCAUAUGACAGGCCCAGGAGUCCUGAAUAUGGGAGAUACAGAAGACAUAUGGGUCUGUUUGAAUCUUUAGACACCGGAUUAUUUGAAUUGGUUGGUUUGUGUAUCAAAUUCGGAUUAUUUGAAUUG